UCCAACAAUGACAAAUGCAUUGUACCAAAGUCUGCCCCCAGGUAUAAAGUCAGCUCUGCGCUUUUGGCUCCGGCAAGUUCAGAUUCAGGAAGAGCCUACAAUUCCAAUUAUUAAAGCUAAAAUGGAGAAGACAUUGUCGUGGCUUGCUCCGAUUGCUGCUAGCACAAUCAAGGCACACUAUGGCUUUGCGAGACUGGGAGAAUGGGCAAAUAUGAGGUCCAGAGUUAACCAGAGACCCACUGGCAAGGGUGACUUCAUCAGAAUCAAUACUCUAUAUCACGCUGAUAAGGAGAAAACUGACCCCUACAUUGUUGAACUGUCGUUCUGGCUUCACCAACUGGUCUGCAAAAGAAGGGCAAUGAACAACGGAGUUGCCUGUUCACUUGACUCAACAGUUUCUUCUCUAAGCGAUGAAGAGAUUCAAUUAUCUUCUCACAGUUCGCGUAAGGAUGUAAAUAAGAGGAAGCUGGUGCGAAGUGAGACUCUGGUAUCCGAAGCGAAACCCUCACAAACUUGGUAG